AUGCCAUCCAAGAAAAGACCCCCACCGAGUCGCUCCCCCAGCCCAACGCGGCGACCACCGCCUCCAUCCCCACCCCGUCCACCAGCAAGCCGGGACGCAACCCUCUCCCCUCCCCCUCGAAGCACCGCAGACCCCAGCGACAAAGCCAGCGAAACCGCCAAAGACACCCCCAAAGAAGAAGGCGAACUCUCCCCGGGCCCAGCGCCGGGACAAGGCUACACGCUCGAGGACAUGACCUACCCGCCCUUCGACGUGCUGCUGCACCCGAUCGGCGCGCGGACGGAGACGGUGAACCUGAUCUUCCGGCGCGUGACGCCGUUCUUCCGGUGGGAGGACGCGGUGCCGGACCUGCUGGGGUGCAUCCAGGAGCAGCGGGAGCUCCGGCCGCACGCGGCCCCCUUCGGCGGCUCGAUCUACUGCCAGGGCCUGAUCCGGUAUUUCCUGGAGGUGCUCCCGCCGGUGCCCGGGACCGAGUCGCCGUACCUCAUGCAGUUCCACCAUUGGGGCCACACGGUGUUCGACACCGAGUCGACGGACGCGACGGUCGCGUGGAUGAGCACGAUCCCGCUGAAUCCCUCGUUCGAGGAGGAGUGGGCGCUGGAGAUCUUGGCUUUUCUGCUGGCGUGUGCGCUGAUCACGGUGCGGAGGGGCUGGGUGCGCGAUUAUCGGGAGAGGAAGAUGAAGUAA